AUGUUUAAACCACAGCAAUCCUACGAAAGCACACUUCAAGAACGGUGUAGAGAGUUUCCAAAAGGCGCCACUAGCCUUAUAGAGACGUUUCUUUCGUUUGAACCUCACAGGCGUGGAAGUGCUUCGUCUGCGCUUUCCUCAAAGUACUUCCAUACGAAGCCAUCUGCAUGUGAUCCAUCAAGCUUGCCCAAGUACCCGCCCAACAAAGAGAUAGACACCAAAUAUCGAGAAGAUGCAAAGAGAAGGAAAGCUGGUGCUACUUGUAGACUUCCAAGGAAAAUCCGUAAAUCAUCCAUAGACGGAGGAACGAGCGAGGAAAGUGGAAAUGGAUUUAUGAGAAGAAGUGGGAGGACAUCAUCAUUUCAACAAGCAGAAUACGAUACGAUGUCACAGGCAUCAAGAAUGACGCAGGAAUCGCAAACAUCAACCACCAAAUCUGUGCCCAUCCAACCAUCCGCUUUCCCUGUGCACGACAUCUCCAGGCGCCACCACUUAUAUGCCAAUCAUCUCGAACCCGAGCCUCAAUAUCAUAAUCCGAAAAUGUUAACUAGAGAAUGUGUGCUUGGAUUGAAAUAGGAUUCUAGCAAUAAAAGGAGGAAGAGCAAGGUGACUUUUUCAGGGCUGAUCGUGUACAUGUCGGAACAACACGAAGGUCUUGGAAGAUCGUAACGUUUCUCUAAAGGUACGACCAAUGGUUUAAGAAUAUUGGAAUUAAAUUAUUUGAAAUGAAGAAACUAUAAUAUGUGCAGAUGUGUGAUGAAGAAUGAUCAUCUCAAAGCUUUGUGGCUAGGUUUUGAUUGACCCUCCAAAAUAUAGUCUGAAAAUGAAAAUAGGAAAACAAAAGUGCAAGAGAAGUAGAAUUGCGUUGCGAAACCAAUACGAAAUCCUUAUUUUCCUUCCAUAUGUUUUAUUUACGUUUUUAACAUUGGCAAAAGUCUUUGUUGCAACCGAUAAUACUUAAUUUUAUUCAUUUAUUUCUAAUUUUCUAAUUUCAAAUACAUUUGAUUACAUUACUCCAUAUCAAAUGAAAUACGUAUUAAAGUAAUUUAGAUUUCCUUUACAAGGAUUAUGGCUAUCAACAAUAUGUUGAAUGAAAUAUCGAAAAUAGAGCUAAGAAGUCGGUCAUAAGAACAGCCCAAUUAAAGUAAAACGCUAAAACCAAA